AGGACCGCAGUGCCGCUGCUUGAUUUCUCUCCUCGUGGACGAAUCCUCUUCGAAGGUCCAGUCAACGCUAGUGGGCUGGAACAGUAUAAUUGCAACGAUUCCCGCGUGAAUGCGAGAACCGAAUGUUUGACUAUUCUAAGCGCGGAAUGCUGUGGGUCUUCUACGCUGUUGAUCAAACGACCACCCUCCCGCUCCGAAGACACCCUUUCAAACUACGGUGUUCGCAUCCAUCAAAGAGAAAGUCUGAUCAGAAUCCAAAAGACAUCUGGAACCUUAUUAUCAUUUCUAUCAAGAUGCAACUCCUUAAAAGUACGAGCAAGUUGUUUAAACCGUGGUUUCCUCCGACCCGAAACGUGUCCCCGAACGCCAUCAGAACCCAAAAAUGGCCGAACCGAACCGAUGGGCCCGAUCGGAACACUGGACCGUAAUCUUCUAUCAUAUCUGUUCAACUAUUGGCGCUGUCGUGAUCUCGAAGGAUAACAAAUGAUAGAUUCCACUGGAGUUCUGAGCGUGUUGCGUUGGCUAUAAACUUUGUGCUUUCCAGCGCGUUCUCCUUCCUAGCGUGCUAUAAAUGUCUUCCUCAAACGACACCGGAAUCCUAUUGGAACCUUACUUGACGCCUUACCAUGUCAUCAUCUAUCCUACAUUGACUCUAACUCUGAUGACGCUCAUUUACGGUGUCUACAUCCCUACUUUCAUCUCUGCUGUCCACUCCCUUGUUAGUCGCCGCAAAGCGUUAGCCUCCUCGAAUGUCUAUCUCAUUGGGAGCGUGUCCCUGUUUGUCCUGGCAACAUUAUUUACUGCCACAGAGGUUUGGGGACUUACACGCCAAGCCGUAAUCGAGUUCGACGCUGCAAAGACAAGAGACUACGACCGGUUCCGCCAGUAUAGGAUCCAAGAUGACGCGAAGACCGUUUGGAAUGGCAUUUUGGACACAUCCUCCCCUCUUAUGAACACGCUUGCCGAUUGGAUGCUCAUUCACCGAUGUUGUAUCGUGUGGAACAGGAACAAAAUCGUGCUUUAUUCCUUGGUACUCAUUGCUACAGUUCUAAACGGACUAUUUCUUUCAACCAGCCUCGUCGAAGCGGCGUCGUAUAACCUCCCUCAUUUACCAAUACACAUAGCGGUGAUGGUCACUCAGAUGACUGACAACACAGUCCUUGCCAUUGCAAUAUUUCAAGUUCUUCUAGCGUCCAUGACAGGUGGCCGGAUCUGGUGGAUCAGCCGCCAAGCAAGAAAGGUGUUGGGAAGUCAUAUCAACGCAAAGUAUUGGGCGAUUGUUGCUAUCAUCAUCGAAUCAGGCGUUCUCUAUGGGUCAAGCCGCGUGAUUGAACAGAUCCUAAUUUAUGUGGAAGUGUUCCAAUUCCGGAAUUUCAUCGACUUUUCCAUAAUCUCGACGCUGAUGUCGGGACUGGCACCGACGCUCAUCAUCGCACGGGUUGCACAGAGCAAAUCUGUAGAUAAUGUCGAACAAGCUAUGUCGACGCUGCACUUUGCUGAUGGCCUGAAUAAUCCCGAGAGGUCUACAGACACCGAGGGAGGGGGCCACUUGCGGCGCCAGUCAUUGGAUAAUAAUGGAUUAGCCCCAGUGAAAAUCGACAAAAUUGUUGGACCAUUGCCAAUCUCGCAGCCGUGACAUAACAGGGUAGAUAUUCGUAGAUACUAAGAUAGUGCACCAGAUUGCGC